AUGUUUGUAAACAUCUUUUACGCAAAAAAUCACGAAGCUCCCGUUUCAAAUACUGAUACAUUGAACGAAUAUUUCCAAUCAUUAUUUGACAACGCUCAAGAAAUGCAUGAUGACUUCUUACUAAAUGUGUCUUUUCCAGAUCCAGACCAUUUAUUAAAGCAAGUUUACGAAUAUUCAAAUGGAACAACGCAAAACUACUAUGAGCUCAAAGAAUUGGAUCCUAACAUUCUUAAAAACGUAUCUACAAUCCGUACAUUGAUCCCAACCUACAUUAUUUCAUCCAAGAAGCGAGUUCCAGGAUGUUCUGCAUGGACAAUCGAUAUUUCAGUAUCAAUGGUCAAAACAGACCCUGCAUUUUGGCUCAGUAGCAAAGUCCAUCGUACACAAUGCCCUCAAUCUAUUCAUGUUGAGUGGAAAAGAUUAGAAUAUGUAAUGGGAACAACAGCUACAUUAUACCCUCUCAUAUUCAUCUGCAUAUCUCACUUUAUAUACAAUAUAUUCGAAAUGCAUUCAAGGAUCCAACUUCAUCAGAACUUUUAUAAAAAUGAUCAUCGUUACCAUCAGCUUAAAUCAUCACGACAGCUACAUUACACAGUUGGUAUGUGGAUACCUGUUGAGUUCUUAACUCUUUUCGGUACAGUUGUCACUUCAUGUUUUGUUAUAAAAGAUAUUUACACUGUUACAGAGCUUCCAUCGCUUCUUGUUAUGGAAUUAUUCUCAGUAACAUCAUGUAUCCAUCUUUCCAUUACAACACAGCUAUUUGCUUACACAAAAACAGUAUAUUUAUUUGUCCUCAUCAUAAGAGAUGGUUUUAUCCUGUUUUUCAAUGUCAUUGUUGGUACAGUACCCUUCCUAUUUGCUAUUAUGCUCAGUGGCGUGUUCAUGUUCGCUACUUACGCGAAGAAAACGAGAAGUUUCUGGUCGAUGUACGAAAUCAUCAACUCAUUCGAGUAUUCCAACAACAUCCUUCCAAUGUACAACGAGUUCUCUGACGGAACAACACUCUUCAACUGGCUGUCAUUCGCGUUCAUGACUGUGACAGUAAUUGUGUCUGGUUGGAUUGUUCUUUACUCGUUGAUGUCUGCGGCAUUGGUUACACACUCUGCAAUUGUGAGAAAGCAGAAGAUGGAUUAA